AAAGUUGUUUAAACUUAAUGUGGUCUAUGAACAAAUGGACAUAAUAAAAGCUAUCGUUUUGAUUUGGGUCACGACGGGUGACGUCAUUUCCGAUGCUACUUACAACGCAAGCGCGUGCUUUGGAAGCGAUUGGAGUACAUGCAGUACAUUGCUGAUGGACAAGUGUACACAAGAUCAGAAAAUCCAUAUUAUGGAACAAAACUAUGGAGUUACUGUCGGAGCUUGCGUGGAAAGCCCACACAAUGAAGGCUGUCUUCGUGCUGACUCGGGAUGUUGUGCUUACAAAGAAAAUGACUGUUUGGCAGGUUACACUCAACUUCACUCCUAUAAUUUUUAUCGACAAUGCUCCGGUAAUAGUGCAUGCACAACCAACGUUGGACGCGCCUAUUUGAUUUGUAAUGGAAGAACUGAGCUAUCGAGUUACGCAACUAUUAAAUAUGCGUGCAUUACAGACAUUGCACAAAUGUGUUCGCAGUCUUUGACAAAAAUGGAGGAAGUUCACAUGAUUUUUGACAAACAGAAAUCUUCAUUUAUGUUUGCGUCAAAUUGUGAGUGUAGACUCGCAUCUGCUGGACGUCUUGUUGUCAAAUACGUUGACAUUCGGAUGGCACGCGUUCAUACUGAGUCAGAACGGACGAACUGUUCUUCGGCGUACCUGACAAGUGAGCCAGCAAUCGAACUGCCUCCAAAAUGCGUCGACGCCAUAGACGAAUCAUCAAAUUUCUUUCAUGGAACAGUUGUCGAUAGCAACACCCAUAGCGUAGUGAUAACUUUGAUGGACAUUUACAAACAUGGUGACGACGAUGCACCUGAAUACGUGUGGAUAGCUGUCUCAGCACGCAAUAAUGCACAAGUAGAAGUGACGUGUAUAAGGACACCAUUUGUUCAAUAUACAACGACAACAACGGAGACAGCGUCUCAAACAAUACAUGACAACACUGUUAAUGCUGAUGUAGGCGGUUUGAAAGUCUGGAUAAUUGUUGUUGUUGCUGUUGUUGCUGUUAUCCUGCUUGUUGCGGGUGUUGGUACUUAUGUUAUAUAUUGCAGAAGGCGCAAGAUUUUUGUGAACAGUACGGAAGUAUUAAAAGGAAAACACAAUAAAUCGGCUAACGUAUCAAGACAUGUCCCUUUCAGCAAUACCUGCAAUGUUGUUGAAUAUGAUGAGCCAAGUGUUGAUGUAAUCGUUACUACCGUACGAAAUACUGACCAUGCUGGUCGCGCGUCGAGUGAAUCUACACAUUCGGGAACAAGAAAUGUUUAUUCUGUAAUUCCGUUCCUUGAUAAUCGAAUCAGUGAAUACGUGAUGGGCACACUCCAUAAUAAAAAUGAAGAAAAGGGAUCUCAGAAACACCUGGCAUCAUACGGGACCUUAGCAAAAAUAAGGCACCGAUUUAGAAGAUUAACAGCUCUUUUAAAAAAGGAUUCCACACUUCCCUCUUUAUACAGAUCUCCUAACGCUUCAGUAACUUCUUUUCGAACUAAAAAAGAAACACGGAAAUUAGAAAUGUCAUCGCCGAUUUCCGAGGAAAAGUAUAGGCCAUCCAAUUUAACGAAAAUGACGUUAUUUAAAAAGAAAUGGAUAGCUAAGGCCAAGCCAAAGUCAAUCAAUUCGGUUGCUUACGAAGAUCUUACAAAUACAGACAACAGGGAGUUAAAAGAAGUUUAUAUGAAAUAUGGAGAAUUUCAAACAGCUGAUUGUGAAAGUAAUGUGCAAUUUCAAACGAAAUUAUUACAACAAAUGUCUUCCGUUCACAAAAGCAGCAGCACGUUAAAAAUUAAAUCUGGCUCUAAUGUGGAACAACGUGAUCUCAAAGAGAUCCAAUGCGAACAUGAGUAUGAUACCAUUGAUGAAUCUAAUGAAAACAACAACGGUAUCGGCAUUGUCGAUUUUCGUGCGCCCUGCUACGUCCAUGAAAAAGGUCUUUGUUUACAUGACAAUCACGAUGACGAUGAUACGCAAGGCUAUCUCACACCAAUGUCGACAUUUAAAUACAGUUCAUCGAAUGAUACCACCUCGAUCAAUGAGUCUAGAUUUUGAAGACUUUACACUAACGUAUGCUUCUGCCGCGAACCAUACGUCCAUAGAACAACAGUGUUUUCUUAUGCAAACGAAAUGCAUACUUGACCUAGAUUAUGAAUUGACCAUGGAAAGUGUUUUACGUUUACAAACAUACAAGAGGAUGGGAAACGUCGAAAUUAUAAUUAAAAAACAAAAACUACAUCAAUUGAAAACAAUAUAAGAUAUGGAAUUCGACACACAUUUGUUUGAGUAAAUGCUUUUGAUCAUACAGUUAUCAAUGUAUCUUUAAACUCUUGUUUUAUAUUGAUUAUUAUUUCAGUGGACUGUGUAUAAAUCGUUACAUUUGUUUGCAAAUAUUUAUAUUUAUUUAAAAAAAUACCCUAUUGCUUGUAUAUCUUGAAAUAACUUUGUCUAGGGACAAUAACACAUAUUUUAUCAAUAUAAUCGUAGAAUUGUGGUAUUUUAGUCGUAUAUGUUUCAGUAAAAAUGCCUUCAAUAUAGCUUUUGUAACAAUAUUUAUGCACGUAAGUCGUUAUCUUUUGCUGUUUAACAACCGACGUUUGUGUUUAUUUUUUGUGUAAAGAAUCAACAUGCUGCGUUUCACCUGUCAAUGUUUGUUUUUGCUCUUAACUAAACAUGCGAACUGGCUAUCAAACUCACUGUUACCAAAAAAUAUCCUUAUCGAACGGAAGUUAUUGUUGGAUUAAAUGCUCAUAGUACAUUAUACACACAUGUAUGUUAAUUUGUUGAUCAAAGUAAUACAGAAGCUAAAUAGUGUGGUUAACUUCCUCCCUUUACAGGGUAUACCCUACUGUAUUUCAAAACACAAUAUAUGCGCGAUAACCGAUUACAGUGGCCUAUAAACGUAUAGUCCUUUAAUAACAAUUGCUUAAAACUGUUUUCAAAUCAAAUUAAAAAAUAUAA